AUGGAUAAAGUUUUAAAGCCUGAGAAACUAGACACAGAUCCUGAUACACGUGACGCGGAAUGCGAAUGGCUGCAUUGGCAAAAGACAUUCGAAAAUUUCUUGGAAGCUUUGCCCACUGAAGGACUGGAUAAAUUGAGAGUAUUAACAAACUAUGUGUCUCCGAGAACUUAUAGAUAUAUUAGGAAUAUCACAACUUAUGAUGAAGCCUUAGAUACGUUGAAAGGGAUUUUUGUACAGCCAAAGAAUGAAAUAUAUGCACGUCAUAUGUUGGCCACGCGAUCCCAACAAAUUUCUGAGUCAGUUGCUGAAUAUUUAAGAGCAUUGACAGAAUUGAGCAAAGAUUGUAACUUUCAGAACGUAUCUGCUAAAGAAUACCAGAAUGUAUCUGCUAAAGUAUACCAGAAUGAAUAUAUUCUGGACUCUUUUAUACGUGGCUUGAAUUCCAGUUAG